AUGGCGGGCUCUCUCUCCCAUCACAACUGCCAUGAUCCUGCCGAUAUGACCCUUCGUUCCCAAGAAGACAAGGCCGAGUUUGACGUUGCGUGUACCAGCGCAGAUGCCGAAGGGAAUGACUGUGAUGCGUUCAACUCGUCUUCUGCGGAUGCCGCGAACAUGCAGCGGAUGGGAAAAGAGCAACAGCUCGUUCGGCAAUUCCGGUUCUUGUCGAUGGCUUCGUUUGUUGCUGUCGCCACGGCAUCAUGGGAAUUCACUGUGUUCAAUCUGACUACAGCCUUGACCAAUGGUGGUAGGCCCAUGUUGAUAUAUCCAAUGCUCUGGAACAUUGCCGGCUUCUGUCCCAUAUAUCUCAGCAUGGCGGAGAUGGCGAGUAUGGCGCCCAUAGCCGGAGCCCAGUACCAUUGGGUCAGCGAAUUCGCUCCGGAAAGCCUCCAGAGAACCCUCAGCUAUAUCACCGGAUGGACUUCUACGAUUGCAUGGCAAGCAGGAAAUGCGUCUGGCGUCUUCCUUGUUGCGACAAUCAUCCAGGUUCUGAUUUCCCUCCACAACGUCGAGUACACUUUUCCUCAAUGGCACACCACCCUUCUUGCUAUGAUGGCUGUUCUGGUUGCCUUUAUCGGAAACACUUUUGGCGCAAAAAUCCUACAUAUGUGGCAAACUCUGGUUUUCGGUUUACAUAUCCUGGUCUACCUUGGGUUUAUUAUUCCAAUCUGGGUGAACGCGCCGCGAGCGUCGUCUUCUCAGGUUUGGACCGAGUUUAUAUUCAAGGGAGGUUGGCCCAACGCGGGCCUGGCAGUGCUCGUUGGACAGCAAACUGCCACCUUCACCCAAAUCGGUGCUGAUACGCUUUUCUCCAGGCUGCUCACAUGGCCGAGGAAGUCAGACAUGCAUCAAGGGCCGUUCCAAAGGCAAUGGUCGCUAUCUGACUGCGUUGAAGAAGCGCUCGCGGAUCCCACUCUGUAUCCUAUCAUCCACGUUCUCCGGCAGUCCAUGUCUAAGGAAUGGAUGACAGUGAUGCUCACCCUUAUCCUCUUCCUUGUGGUCUGUUCCAACAUGACGUACCUUGCAGCCGUUACUCGAGAUAGCUGGGCGUUCGCCCGUGACCAGGGCCUCCCUUUCUCGAACUGGAUAGCAAAAGUCAACGAGAAACGUCGCAUCCCACUAAACGCGAUUACUGUUACCAGCGUCAUCAGCGCCUGUCUAAGCCUGAUUUAUAUCGGCAGCCCCAUUGCCUUCUAUGCAAUGACAUCUCUGAUAACUGUGGCACUGCUUCAAUGCUAUUGCCUCAGUAUUGGCUGUAUGCUGUGGCGCCGUAUUGCGCACCCUGAGACCCUACCGCCUGCUGCAUUCCCUCUAGGCAAGCUUGGUAUACCUAUCAAUGUAGCAGCCGUCUGCUACGCGUUUUGGGCGUUCUUCUGGGCCUUCUGGCCAAUAGGUUAUUCGAUAACACCGACUACAUUUAAUUGGGCUGCGGUAAUCUUCACUGCAACUUUGAUUAUUUCGGGGGCUCAUUUUAUAUUUGUGGCGCGCAAUAAGUACUUUGGCCCUGUUACCCAUAUCGAAGGCCGGAAUCUAUGA